AUGCUUCUCCAGCUCAACCUCCUUGCCGUCGGCGCCACCCUGGCCACCGUCGCCUCCGCCGUGGGCAACGCGCGCGUUGUCAACAACUGCCCCUUUGAGGUAACCACAUGGUCCGUCGGCAGCACCGUUUCGGGCCCCUACACGCUGCAGACGGGUGGCGUCUACAGCGAGCCGUUUACGCGUGACCCCCGGACCGGCGGUCGGGCCAUCAAGACGACCAUCGACCGCGACGGCCUGUACACCGGCCAGCCACAGACCAUCUUUGCGUACAACCUGCAAGGCAACCACGUUUGGUACGACCUGAGCAACGUCUUUGGCAACGCCUUUCAGGGCCACCGGCUGGUCGUGGCUAGUGGGGAUGCCGAGUGCCAAGCCAUUGCUUGGGAGGACGGCAUUCCCCCUGCCGGCAGCCAGGUCAAGAACUGCCAGGAGCAGGCCGAUGUUACCUUGUCCCUUUGCCAAGGAUAA